AUGAAAACAUUUCCAUUUUCCAGUUUGUAUGGCUACCGUUCCAGGUUUCAUAAUUUCUACCAUCUCUGGACUUCUUCUAUAGCGACUGGUAAACAUUUCCACUUUCCACCGCCGGUCGCCAUCUCUGCUCUCCUUCCAGUUACAGCUCCAUCUCUCUAUCCCACUUCACCGCCGCCCGCCGGGUCAUGGCUUCUCCGUCACUCGUUCGGCAACCGCCGCAAAUCUCUUCCGCCUCCACCUACUGCGCUCCCACCAUCUUCUCCGCUUGCUCGCCGACGAGCCGCUCAGUUCCAUCUCCUUACAGAGAUCGCCGACAUCUGCCUCAUCGCCCUUUCUACUGUAAAGCUUCAUGGCAAGAGGUUGCCGGAGUGGUGGUGUUCUCGGCGAUUCCGUUCACCGCCGUCAAAGCCAUCGCCAAUAGCUCGCUGGGGGAGACGCUUCGGUCAGGUAUGGAGGAGAAGAAGAAAGCCGCGAUCCAACAAUCCUCCAAAUUCCGUGAUCUAACGGAAAAGGCCCGACGAGAUAGCAUUUGGUAUGGAGAAGACCGUCCUCGCUGGCUGGGUACAAUUCCCUACGACUAUCCUGCUCAUCUCGCCGGAGACCUGCCGGGCGAUUAUGGCUAUGACGUUGCUUAUCUCAGUAGAGACCCUACGGCUCUCCAGAGAUACUUCAACUUCGAGAUACUGCAUGCUCGAUGGGCAAUGUUAGGAGCUUUGGGCGCUGUUAUCCCUGAAGUAUUGGAUUUAGGUGGCGCAUUCCAUUUUACAGAACCUGUCUGGUGGAAAGUUGGAUAUUCCAAGCUGCAGGGAGAUACGUUGGAUUAUCUGGGUAUCCCAGGUCUCCACUUUGCUGGAAGCCAAGGAAUACUUGUCAUUGCUAUCUGCCAAGUCCUCCUGAUGGUUGGACCUGAGUAUGCGAGAUACUGCGGGAUCGAGGCGUUGGAGCCCUUGGGAAUCUACUUGCUGGGUGAUGAGAACUACCCAGGAGGCUCAUUGUUCGAUCCACUGAACUUCGCAGGGGAGCCAGUGGCAUUUGAAGAGCUGAAGGUGAAAGAGAUCAAGAAUGGACGACUGGCGAUGGUUGCCUGGUUAGGGUUCUAUGUUCAAGCGGCCGUGACAGGUAAAGGCCCUAUUCAGAACCUCGUGGAGCAUGUCUCCGAUCCGUUUCACAACAAUGUGCUUUCAGUUCUGAAGAUUAUGUAAGCGGUAGGGAUAUUAGCACCCUUAGCUUCCAUGUUGUGCAUAAAAGGAAGCAGGGUUGUUUUGCUCUGACAUUCAAAUUGUACAGCCUACAGUUCCUAAAGCUUUGAUUCUGCAUUUUAUUCAAGGAU